AUGAGCGAGGAUGGGCAAGCAGAAUACAAGGACGACAAGCCCCAUGAUGGCGUCUCACCCAAACCCCACGUGACGUUGUUUGCGCCCGAGGAGCUGGACACUUUGACAGAAGAAGCCGACCUAUCCGUACCGAUCGAGGAGGAAGAAUUUAACAAGGAGCGCGAGGGCCGGAUAUACUCUCUUGACGAGGUGGAACUGAAACGACGUGUGAAGGAAAACAAGAAACAGCAGAAGGAACCGACGCUAAGCGACCUGGGGGUGAUGCUGGGAUUCUUGAAGAAACGUGAUGACGACGAGAGCAGCGCUGAAAUGUGUCCCGUGGUGAGCCGGAAUGCCCGAAUACGCGAGCGACUAAAUGACUUAGUCGAUCAAAUGGACGAUUGUUUCUUCGAGCGUGUGGUGAAAGCUGCCUUUGACGCUUACGAGCACGGAGCUGAGCUGAUGUGGAGAAGGUCGCUCAGAGAACUGGGUUGUGUGCCCCAUGCAAGACGUCUUAGCUGUCGAACGGGAGUCAGCGAAGAGACAGGCACUAUGGAUGGCAAACGGCUGCAUGCUGACAAAGUGAUCGACCUACCCAUUUGGCUUGGAACUAUCGAGUUAGAGCAGCCGCUUGUUGUGGUGGAUCGCUUACACGUAGAUGGCAUAUUGGGCACAGACGCGCUUAAGGCGUUCCGAGCUGUGGUAGAUCUGGAUACUAAUACAGUGACGCUGAAGGGUACCGGUGAUAUAGGCGCACACCGAGUAGAGGAGAUGUACACUACCCGGAUCAGCUUAACAGUGCGCGUCAUUCCUGGGGGAAGUAUCGCUACUGCACGGCCUCUUCCAGAUGCGCUUAUGGACUUGCCCGACCAAGUUGCCAGUCUGGAGCGUCAGCUAUGGGCCGCCCAGACCGAGGCUACUGCCGCCGUACGUUCAGUGGCACAUGCAAUUACGGCUCGGGAGAACGCGGAGUCGUUCCUGAAAGCUGCUAACGCUGAAGUCGACUCUCUUCGCAUGGGCAUCAAGCUUUUCCGUGAUUCCAACGCCAAGAACGAUCUCAUGAUCUCGAGUGUGCAGUCUUCUAUGGAGCAACAUACAGAAGAGCUGAAGCGCCUGCACUGCGAGGUCCAUGCGCGGGACGCGUUCAUCGCCACCUUGAACUAG